GUAACGUGGUCUGGCUCGAUGACAACACGUCUGUCCGAGUUCUCGUCAACAGCAGCCGGAUGCCAGACCUAGAGGCUGUUGCCACGGAGAGCGGCGAGCAGCCGGGCGAACAGAACAAAGGCCUGCGAGGUCAAGGGUCAGAUGAUGAUGAGGACGACGAAGAGGGCGAGGUUGACGAGGAGGAGACGGUGAAGAAGAGCAGCGUGGAGAUCGAGGGGAAAGACAGCGACGGAGAGGCGGAGCAGAAAAGGAAGGAGGGCGGUCAGGUGGACGACCUGGGGGCCGCCGAGAGGGAAUCUCUGCUGAGAAACGACCUGCGACCGGCCAUCAAGGCCUUCAAGGGAAACAAGCUGUUCCUGCGCUUCGCCACGCUCGAGGAUAAGAAGGAGCUGGGCGCUGCUCGGCGCAGCAGAUACUACAUGAAGUACGGAAACCCGAACUAUGGAGGCAUGAAGGGAAUCCUCAGCAACUCCUGGAAGAGACGGUAUCACAACCGGCGCAUCCAGCGAGACGUCAUCAAGAGCAAGAAGCCUCUGAUCGGAGACAGCAUGGGACACACGCCGCCGUACACACACCGACACUCGGCCGACCUGGUGAACCUGCCCGAGGAGCCCAUCAAGGAGGAGGAGGAGGAAGAGGACGAGGACGAGGACAUGGAGGAGGACGACAGGGUGGUGGAGUACAAAGAGCGAGGGGACAGGGGCCCCCGGGCGCUGGGGGCGGGGCUUCAUAGCCGGGUGGAGCGCUCUCCGUCUCCCUGGUCGGAGUCGGACGAGAUGGACUACGACCUGGAGCUGAAGAUGAUCUCCACGCCGUCGCCGAAGAAGAGCAAGAAGAUGACGAUGUACGCCGACGAGCUGGACACCCACCUGAAGAGCAUCCGGAACCGGAUCGGGGGGGCGGGGUCCGGAUCACAGAGCAGGCCCAAAUCUGCGUCGCCCACCAAGGUGACGGACGUCCGGCAGCUGCUGGAGGAGAAAAGACAAGGGCUCUCUGGGAGCAGACAGCGCCCCCCGGUGGCCGUCGGCGGAAAGACAGACGUGCGGCAGCGUCUGGGGAAAAGGCGUUACUCUCCCGAAAGACGCCGCUCCCCCUCCCCCGUCUCCCCCAGAGAGACACCUCCGGCCAGAGAACCAAUCAGAGACGUGCAUCGCAGGCUGGGCGUGGCCAGUCAAGACAACAGAGGCGUCUUCUCCGGUUCGUCCAAAGACAGGAAGACAGGCGGCCUGUGGAGCAGACUCGGCAGCGGCGGCGGCGACGACAGCAGCAGCGCCAGACGUCACGAGAGCAGAGCGGGCGGCAGUUCGGGUCUCUUCUCCUCCUCCUCGGGCCGGAAAGACGCCGGAGACGCCGCCGGCAGUAAGGGCAAGCGAGGCGACGGAGAGGAGGAAGAGGAGGUGGAGGAGGAAGACGACUCGACGCUGCAGAAGAUGUGGGGCGCCAUGAUCAAACAGAAGCAGGAGCGUCUGACCCACAAGAUGAAGAAGAGCCGGCUGGACAACCUGCCGUCGCUGCAGAUCGAGAUCAGCCGCGACAGCAGCGACGACUCGGACGCCUGAAUCCGGAGCCUCGACGGAGGAAGAAAGCGUUCAGAUCUGUUUCCUCCGAGUACAAUCAGAAAGACACGAAGCUGUCGGACUGCAGAUCUGAGGCCGCUGCGGUCGCGUUUCAUUUACUGUGUGUCUCCCGUCUGUGGAUGGAUUACUGAACGGGUCCACCAGGCACAGGCCCCGGGGCCCCAGGCGUCCAAACACAAACUCCACUAACGUCUGCAUCUGGCGUGGAAGCAUGAAUUUCUUAUAAUGUCUCUCCAGAGAGGUUUUACUCGUAAAAUUUGUCACCUGUUAAAUUUGCAUUCAUUUUCCGCCUAUUUCGGGGGGUCUUGCUCCUCCGUCGGACCGGCGGGGGGGGGGGGGGGGGGUCUUCUACAUGUCUGUGCCCCGGGGCCCGUUGUUGCGUAAUCCAUCCAUGGUCCUGUCGAUAUAUUAAAUAUCUGUGCCAGCCAAAAAACAAGAGGCGCACCCUGCAUAUCAUCAGCAAGUCAUUCCUUCCUUACUGUGGAGGUGUUAGACCCCCCCACCCCCGGCUGUGAGACGUCACGAGACCUCGGUGUCCUCUGAGACGUGAACGCUCAGCCCCCGGCGGCCGUAUGGACGCCUCGCUCGGGACCAUUCCUCAGCUCUUUGAGCUCUCCGCCUGCAGCUCGAACCAGCACCAAACCUCAUUUACAAAAAGUGUGUUUUUAGGUUUCCCCUCUCCGCCGUUCAGUCUGAGCAGAGAUGAGAUGUCCGGUCCUCCCUGUGGACGGCGGCGGGAGAAAGAAAAGACUGACUGUAAAAGUAUUGAAAUAAGAAGCAACUUGACUCCACCCACCUGAUGAACUCUCAGGAGAGUGUGGAAGUUUCCUGACUGUGGGACACUUUCGUACAUUUUUUUUAAUCAUCUGUUCUGUUUUCAAAGAUGGCUUCCUGUCGGUCUUCCUACAGUUUCUCUGAUUUGUGUCAUUUUGUAGUUUAAUUUUUUCAUUUUUUAAAUGGAAACUUUUGGGGGCCACGGGGACCGUAGGACACGGGUCAGGUGGCAUCACUGCUGGUCAUGAAUAUAGAAAACUAUUAAAACGUUGGCUGGUGCUUCA